UUGAUUGCAACGAGCUCAAGAAGUUACUUCGAGAUUCCCAAAGAGUUUUAAUUAUUUUCAAGUGAAAAAAAAAAGAAAAGUGAAAAUGGCAUUUUCUCAAAUUGUUACGGAGAUUGUGAAGGAGUUGGAUCGUGCUGAACCACAAAUUCGGCAACUUAUGCAGGAUUGCGUGUGGCAGGGAUAUGGAUAUCAUCCUGAACAACAAAGUGGACAUCAUGGGCAUCAUGGACAUCACAGACGCAGCCAUGGUGGAUGCAGGAGGAAGAGUACUCGCCCAGACUGCCAAAUUCCUCCCUUCUGCCCAGCAAUGUCACCAUCCUGUGCACCAGGAUGUCCAGGAAAGGCAAAAGCAGACGAUUACCAAGCAAGUUUGGACGUAAAGAACUACUCCAGCGAUGAGAUUAGCGUGAAGACAGUGGACAAUUUCAUUGUGGUUGAAGGGAAGCAGGAUGAGAAGGAGGAUGAAUUUGGCAGCAUCUCCAGGAAUUUUGUACGUCGCUACAGAAUUCCCGAAGAAUUCAACAUCAAUGAAGCAUCCUCAGUGCUCAAUGCUGAUGGUAUUCUGAGCAUUAGAGUCCCACUGAAGGCGACACAAUCAAAAGAACGAGUCAUUCCCAUCCAGAAGAUUGGAAAGACACAGGAGAAAGACAAGCAGGAUGAGUCACCCGCAUACCCCACCAAGGAGGCGUCCCAAAUUGAAACUCCCGCAGCUGCUGCUGCUAAUGCGGAGAAGCAGCCCAAAGAUGAUUCAGCGGAUUUUGAGAUGGUGAAAGACAAUCUGGAUUAAUCAUCAAGUCUGUGAUUAAAUAUCAACGCAGUCGAACCUAAUCAAUCACUUUCAAUAUUAAUAUUUUAUAUAUAAUUCGCACGUAUUCAGAAAUAAAACAAAAUGACAAAGCA